AUGCGUGGCGCUCAGUCGGCUGCUGCGAGGGGUUUGGUGGAAGACGAAGUUUGUAAAUUGCCAAAGGAUGUCGGUCCAUGCCGUGGGGCCUUUCUGAGGUAUUACUACGACUACGAGACCAAACGCUGCGAUGAAUUCAUGUACGGAGGAUGUAAAGGCAAUGCAAACAACUUUGAGAGCAUAGUUGAAUGUCAAGAACGUUGCAUGACAAACAGUCAGCUUAAAGCAAUGUUCUUUUUAGUCUGCCUCAUAGCUUCAUAUAUAUAUAUAUAUAUGUAUCACUUUUUAUUCUCUACAGAACCAGCUGAAAAGGCAGCAGACGUGGACGUUUGCAAACUGCCGCAAGACACCGGUCCAUGCAGGGCCCUGCUUCCGCGUUUCGCCUACAACGACACGAUCAAAGCCUGCGUGCCCUUCACUUAUGGUGGUUGUCAGGGAAAUGGAAAUAACUUCGAAACCAAAGAGGAGUGUGAGGAAAAAUGCAUGGCCCCGAGUGUUGACCCAUGCAAGCAACCCAUCAAAGUGGGACCAUGUCUGGCCCUGAUUCCGCGCUAUGCGUUUGAUUCAGCAGCUGGCGAGUGUGUUGAAUUUAUGUAUGGUGGCUGCAACCCAAACGACAACAACUUUGAAACUCUCGAAGCAUGCCAAGCGAAAUGUCCAGGUUCGAACAUUCUCAUAGCAAUAACCUUAUUGUACUUUGUUCUCGACGAGUGCAAGUCUAUGCACACGAUUAACUCAAAUUCCGUACGUGGAUUUAAAAAAAACAUUUGUUAUUCAUUGUUUGCAGGAAAAACUGUCAAGGCAGCAGCAACUGACCUUUGCGAACUGCCGCAAGAUACUGGUCCAUGCAGAGCAAGGUUUAUACGUUACGCUUACGAUGGCAAGGCCAAGGCCUGUGUGCCCUUCACUUAUGGCGGUUGUCAGGGGAACGAAAAUAACUUCGAAACCAAAGAAGGGUGCGAGGAAAAAUGCAUGGGUACGUCUGCAUGGGUUGGCCUGAUCUAUCUGUAUCCUCGUUUUUACUGCAGAUGCCAAAGGUACGGCAGAAUCGAAUGA